GGGUAACAGGGUGUGUUAUAAAUGUGUGGACUUUAAGCUCCCAGUUGGCUCAGUAAGAAGAGACAGCUAUGAUGGACCCAGCUGUGGCCCUGGUGCUCUGUCUCUCCUGUUUGCUUCUCCUUUCACUGUGGAAACAGAGCUCUGGAAAAGGAAAACUUCCACCGGGCCCCACACCUCUGCCAAUUAUUGGAAAUAUGCUACAGUUGGAUGCGAAGAACAUGAGCAAAUCCUUUAGCAAUCUCUCAAAAGUCUACGGCCCAGUGUUCACUGUGUACUUUGGCAGGAGGCCCACUGUGGUGCUGUAUGGAUAUGAGGCAGUGAAGGAAGCCCUGAUUGAUCAGGCUGAGGAGUUCUCUGGCAGAGGAAGUUUUCCAGUGUUUGAAAAAGCAAACAAAGGAAAAGGAGUCAUUUUCAGCACUGGAAAUGAAUGGAAAGAGAUGCGGCGCUUCUGCCUCAUAACCCUGCGGAAUUUGGGGAUGGGCAAGAGGAGUAUUGAGGACCGUGUUCAAGAGGAAGCCUGCUGCCUUGUGGAGGAGCUGAGGAAAACCAAUGGUGGGUGAUUCUCUAUACUGUAA